UUGCAUGCCCCUGGUAAUAAGCAAGCGCCAUUUUGCGAACUGAUCCUCCAAGUUUUCCGCGAAGAGAUGAGAGGCGGGUACGGCGGCGUCCCCACCGCACGCCGGCACGCCCCCACCGCGGAGCCGUCGCCCUCCGCAGCUCCGUGCCCUGGUGAUCCCCGACCCGGAGCAGCCACCACCGGCGCGCAUAAAUGGGUGUCGGCGACCCGCGAGCCAGCCCACAGCGCAGCGCAGACGAUCCCCCUUCCCCCCUCUCGGCCUCUCCCAGUCCCAGCGGCGGCUAGCCUAUCCAACAGUGAAAAGCACACGCGCUCCGGCCGGCCGGCCUCCUGCGCUGCGGUCUUUAGCGGCAGGAGAGUUCGUGCGGGUGCGGCCGAUCUGAGGAAGUGAGGAGUGAUCUGUCUGACGAGAGACUAGAGUGAGUGAGUGAGAAGCCUAGCUGAGGCUGAGCUGCCUCCUCUCUAGCUCUGGGCUCUCCUCACUUCUAGCUCCGGGCGUGCGGGUCUCUGCCGCGGAAGGAAAAGGCGACCAGUGUGUGUGUCUCCCCGCCACCAGCGUCCUCAUCUCCUGCUCGACCGACCGACCGUCUUCGGCGGCGGCCGGUGCGUACGACGACGAUGCCGUGCUCGUCGCCGGCCCCGACGUGGCUGCUGCGCGUGGGGUACGCGGCCGCGGCCGACCAGGCCUCGUCCUCCUCCUCGUCCAAGGGCGGCGGCCGGGUGCUCACGGCCGGAACCACCACCAUGGACACGGACGCCACCGCGGGGGCGGGCGGCGGCGGCGGCAACGCGCAUGCGUCCGACCACCAGGAGAGCAGCAGCAGCGGGCAGUCCCGCCUCGCGGCGCGCGGCCACUGGCGCCCCGCCGAGGACGCCAAGCUCCGGGAGCUCGUCGCGCUCUACGGGCCCCAGAACUGGAACCUCAUCGCCGAGAAGCUCGACGGCAGAUCCGGGAAGAGCUGCCGCCUCCGGUGGUUCAACCAGCUGGACCCGCGGAUCAGCAAGCGCCCCUUCAGCGACGAGGAGGAGGAGCGCCUGAUGGCGGCGCACCGCUUCUACGGCAACAAGUGGGCCAUGAUCGCGCGCCUCUUCCCGGGCCGCACCGACAACGCCGUCAAGAACCACUGGCACGUCAUCAUGGCGCGCAAGUACCGCGAGCAGUCCACCGCCUACCGCCGCCGCAAGCUCAACCAGGCCGUCCAGCGCAAGCUCGAGGCCGCCUCCGCCGCCGUCGCAAUGCCGCCGGCCGCCGGCCCCGGGGACGCCGUCCCCGCCACCGGCCACCACCACCACCACCUCCUGGCCGCUGCCGCCGCAGCCGCCGCGGCGCACGACGCCGCCUACGGCUUCGCCGACCCCUACGGCUUCAGCUUCCGCCACUACUGCAGCUUCCCGUUCCCGCCGGGCGCCGCGUCGGCCGAGGACCCGCCGCCGCCGCCUCCCUUCUGCUUCUUCCCCGGGCCCGGCGGCGCGGCGGCGCACGCCGACAGGCGCCUCCCCUGGCCGUCGUCGCCGGACGACGCCAGCGGCGGCGGCCACCGGUACGGGGAGUCGCCGGCGCUCCUGCUGCCCGUUCCAGGCGGCGGGUGGAUCGAGGGCGUCGGCGUCGGCGGCCACCACGAGCCGCCGCACCAAUUCGUCCUGGAUCGCGACGGUGGCGCCGCGGCCGCGUUCGAAGGGACGGCGACAAGACCGGGCGCCGGCGCUCACUUCGACGGCGCCGCGGCGUCGGCGUCGUCACCGGCGUUCAUAGACUUCCUCGGGGUCGGAGCCACAUGAAUGCAUGCAUGCACGGUCGGUCCGUUGGUCGGUUGGGCAUGCAGCUUGCUCGGGAGUUGCAGCUGCAGCUGCAGGUGGAUCAAGGACGAGUAGCUCGAGCUGUCUAGCCUCUAGCUGCAGUUCCAUGGCUUAGCUUAUGUAGUAGCACCAUGUAAUCUACUCCUAGCUAGGAGCUGGUGAGGGGGGGUUCUCUUGAGCUCAUUUCCAUGGGGGGCUUUGUAGAGAAGGAUGAUGCUUGGACUUUGAUCAAUUGGGGAUUUAGGUUACUUGAUUAGCCCCCGGCCAAAUAAAUGUAUGUAGCGCAGGCAAGGAGAGAGAUCGAUGAUGGUGAAGUGGAGAGCUUAAUAAUCUGCAGUGAUUCUUUGAUUAGCCAAGUGUAGAUGAGGGAGGGACUACUGAAAGCCUAGCUAGCUAGAUGGAGUAGCCAAGUAUGGUAUAGUUUUGUUUUUGUUCCUUUGUCCUUGUACUGCAACACUCUAGUUCUUAUAUGUUUAGUCCAAGUUGACAUUGUUUCGUCUCAUGUUGUACCGAGGCAUACAUAUCUUUUAUAUCGAUCUAGAUAAAGCCUCUUCCUAGGUGGACAAAAAUGGAAGACAUGAAAGUUAGGCUC